GCAUUUAUAUAAUGUGUUAAUGUGAACUUUUAAAUCUGUUUGACGUUCAAAAAUGCAUAUGCAUCACUAAGAAGAAGGAUUAAGGACAACGCUGGUUAACUGUUGGUGGAUUGUGAACAUCCAUUCAAAGGCAGUGACGUAUGACUAAUUAAAAUAUUUUACACAUCUUUAGUUGUCUGUAAAAACGGCCUCGCUGCAUAAAUCAAGUUGCUCCUUUCAGCUGUGAACUGUUGUGUGAAAGUCUUUAUUUACUCUACAGUUUACAGUUUUAAGCAGAUUUUAGAAAAGCAGAACUCUGCUGUUAGAAGGAUGAGACAUGUCUGUUUGUAACAGUGUAGAUUUCUGCACAUGAACACCGUCUGAAGUUGAAACUUAUUUGACUUUGUUUUGUGUUCUUAGUUAAGUUUAGCAGAAAUGGGGAACAGUCAGGUUUCCACGUCCUUCCAGGACUCUGGGGGUAUUCCUGAUCAACAUGACUCAUCAGUGAAAAAACCUGAAACAGACUUAAAUAGGUCAAAGAGGGUCAAUAUUCUGACAGUCUGUCUCUCUGUGUCAGUGGCUGUUGGAGCUUCAGAAUAUCAGUCAGUGACAGCGAAGGUGGGCGAGGACGUCACUCUGGACAUUGAGGACACACAUCUGCAGCCAGAAGAUGACCUCAUCUGGUCUUAUGGUCCCAAUCACACCGUCUUCAUCACCUUCUGCAAUGGAGACCUGCAGAGAAUUUUUCCAGACAGGUUCCAGCUGGACCAAAGGACCGGAUCGCUCACCAUCAGAUCGCCGACCGUCGAGGACGCCCGACUUUAUGAGUGUGUGAUCAGCAACGAUCGCGGGCCGACAUGGAGAUUCAACCUGACGGUUGUUGCAGCUGAUCCCACCUCAACACCACCUGGACCUCCACAUGACAGGACUCACUGGAUAGUUGGUGUAUCUGGAUUCAUCUUCAUCUGUAUUCUGCUGCUGUUUGCAUGGAAGCGGAAGGAAGCCACAGGAAAAUGUUGUUCCCAUCCGCCAGCUGUUGUCUGAAGUCCGUCGGUGAAGAAAAAAUUCCUUUAGGUUCAGAGGAAACUGGAAGAUGUUUUCAGGACAAACAUAAGGAAGCCCCGUUGUUUCGGCACCUCGAUGUUCCACGACCUGGAGGACUGAGUGUCUUCACAUAAUUCACAUUAACUGGGAUUCUGAAAUAUAACAAUGCACUGAUCUUUCCCCUCAAUCACAUUUCUGACUCAACCAGUCAUUCCAGAGUUUCUCCUUCACAAGCUGCUGCUAUAAGAUGAGUCACUCCGUAGGCGGUACGAGGGAUCUCUACUUGAAUCCAGUUUAUGUGCUGCUGUAAUGAAAGAGAUAAAGAUGUUUUUUGUAUGUGUGCUGCUUUUUUGUGUAUGUUUGCUUUUACAGAUGGAAUAGAGAUGUUUUCUUAUGGGGAAAUAAAAACAUUAAAACCUU